AUGUCUGACUCAGGGAAAUCACUGCAGUUAGAAGAUCAGCACUCCCAAACCCAGUCCACAAGCCAUCCAGAGUACGAGAUGUCUUCAUAUCCACUGCAGUCCACAAAACAUUUUCCCAUUGGCAGACAGAAAGCUGUAGGUCACUUAGUUUCUGCACAGUCCCCGGGACCUGCAUCUCACAGGAAGUCCCCCAGUUCACCUGAGGUCCAACAACAUUCAGGGAUGGAUCAGCUGUCAGAGACUGUGUGUAAGGUGGAACAGAAACCACAAAAGCCUGGGAAGUAUGUUUGUGAUUACUGUGGAAGGGCAUGUGCCAAACCCAGCGUGCUUAAGAAACAUAUUCGCUCACACACCGGGGAACGGCCCUAUCCAUGUGUCCCCUGUGGAUUCUCCUUCAAAACCAAAAGUAAUUUAUACAAACACAGAAAGUCUCACGCUCACUCAGUCAAAGCUGGAACAGUGCCAUUCUCAGAACUUGGUUCUUACAAUGCCAAUACAGACCAGGGGUCUUUUGAAGGGGAAGGAGAGUUAUUCUCUGAUGCUGAGCAAAGCACGGACACGGACGAGGACACUCUUAACGACCCGCUGCUGCUGCUGGACUCUCCAGUGGAGGGAUCAGAUAACACUGCUGUAAAAGUACUAAAUCUCAUUGCUCAGAAAAAGGGAGCCACGUCGAUGUCAGCUCAGGAUGGUUCAUCCCAACCCCAAGAAAUCAAUGCACCUCCUGCCGCUGCUGAGGCUAGCCGUGCAAUUCAAUCUUGCACGAUCAAACAGAGGCUUGCACUUCGUUUGUCUGAAAAAAGAAGCAGCGACUCUGACCACAAUUUGUCCCUUCCAAGUCAGUCUAGCAAGGGCAGCACGGACUCCGGCUACUUCUCGCGCUCCGAGAGUGCCGAGCACCAGACCGGUCCUCCAAACACCAACGCAAAGUCCUAUCAAGAAAUUAUGUUUGGGAAGUGUUACAGACCAAGCCCUAAACAGACGACAGCUUUUGUGGCCUGCAGCACAGACUCAAGCGAAUAUGCUGGGAAACGCUCGGAAAAGGGUGUUUCCCGUGUUUUCACCCAGGAGAAAGACACUGUUGAAUCCAUCAAAAUAAACACAAAGUCUUUCACGAGGGAGGAGGUCAAAGAACCCCAGUUAGAUGCCGGCUCCGAUAUGGGGCCUCUGAUCAGAAGCAACUCAAUGCCAACAUCCUCAGCAGUGUGUCUGACUAUGCCUCAAGCCCUCAGGGGCAGCCACUCGUUUGAUGAGAGAGCAAGCACAGGGGGCAUGAGGAGACUCAGGCGGCAAGCUGCUUUCGAACUCUCCGCACAUGAUGGGCAUGGAGAUACUGACAACCACGGAAAGAUGAGUGAGUGUGGCAUUUCACCCUCAGGACUGGAAAUGGAAAAUUACCCCUCUAUGCCGUCUAAUAUGAGCCAUCAGAGACAUGCAAUGGAAUUGGCAACAAGGAAGCGUCGGAAAGAGAAGAGGGAAGAGGAGGAUUUGCCCAGUCGAUAUGAGGACCUUCAUGAACAGUGUGAAGAAAUGUUUGAUUCAAGCAAGGACUACGACUCAAAACAAGCUGCAUUGGGCAUUAUUGCUUUAGGGAAAGGACAUUCUUCAAGUAUGCUAACACAGAUGGACAGGUGUGAUAUGGACAUAUCAAUGAGCCCUGAAAUUUCUGGUCGUAAAACCUUAGGGAAUGUAAUCUCAGUUAUUCAGCAUACAAACUCGAUAAACAGGCCUCACUCUGAACAGUCAGAAUCCUAUAAGUAUCAUGGGCAGAGACAGGAAGGUAUUUCUUCAUUUCAGGCUAUGGAGGCAAGUGAAUUAUAUGAGAUGGAGAGGAGUGAUAGUAGACUACGGCAAUCAUUUCAAAUGGGCCCCAAACUUGUGCGGCAGCCGAACAUACAAGUCCCAGAGAUUAGGGUCACAGUAGAGCCUGACAGUCCAGAAAAAGCUCCAGAGGUGCAGGUGAAGGAGCCAGAGAAGCACGUGGAGGAGUUUCAGUGGCCUCAAAGGAGUGAAACUUUAGCACAAUUCCCUCCAGAAAAACUCCCACCAAAGAAGAAACGGCUACGCUUAGCUGAAAUCGAGCACUCCUCUGGCGAAUCUAGUUUUGAGUCUGCCUGCACCAGUCUCUCUCGUAGCCCGAGCCAAGACAGCAACUUAUCUUAUAGCUCCACCUUCUCCUUUGACAGGGAAGAGAGCUUGAAGUCGGUCUCUCCAGCCAGGCAGGAUGAAUUUGGCAAACCACUAGAGCUCUUAGCUGUGCCAGGGAGUGGGCACUCCCUCUCUGUGCUCAACCAGCGUCAACAACAUGAAAUGAGACGCUCCUCCUCGGAGCAGGCGCCGUGUAACUUGCGCAAGGAGUUCCCAGAGGUACGCAGCAUAUCAUUUGACUAUGGCAGUCUUUCUCCAACAUCCAAAGUUAGACACGUGGACAUCAGCGGUGGUCACUCCGCUGUGAAGGAGAGAAGGAGGGGAAACUUGGUGCGUCAGGAGUCAUUGAAUAUGGACACUGAAGUAACACAAGUCCAAUCACAAGUGUUUCCGCAGUACCUCAGCAGCACCUCCCCUCCAUUCACAGCACUUGCUGUUCUGCCGCAGACCUUGCCAAUAUUUUCCACUGGGAAUACAUUUCCCCAGCUUUCGCAUCCAAGCCUGUUAGUUCCUGUAAGAAUACAGACUCAUGUGCCAUCCUAUGGCAGUAUCACAUACACCUCAGUAUCACAGAUUUUUGACAAUCAGUAUGACAGUGUUAGCUCCACUACAGCCACCACUCAACAUCAAACACGUUUGUCUGGAAAUCUUGAUUCUCAUAAUGCAUUAGCUUAUACCAGACCACCCUCAACACACAGCCUCAAUGUUGAAGCCCUUGAUUUGUCAUCAGCUAAGCUCAAGACGGGCAUCCCUCUUUCUUUGACUUCUAGAACUAUCUCAACCACUAACGCCUCCAGUGGUGGUGCAAACAAACGGAUGCUAUCCCCUGCCAGCAGCCUAGACCUUUUCAUGGAGGUCAAGCAGCAAAAACGCGUGAAAGAGGAAAGAAUGUUUGGACAGAUUGUAGAGGAGCUGAGUGCUGUGGAGUUGGGAAAAUGUAAUUUGAGCGAAGAGAAGGGGCAAAGGUCAGAGAUGCAGGGUGCAUCCAUACCUGACUCAUGUAGGAGUACAUUUAUCACACUUCAGCAAAAAGUGACAGAGGCCACUGACCACGCCGUCGAGUCAGCCAUGGAAAGUAGCUCUCUGGAAACCAGCUUGCCUCCCUACUCCAUGAUAUCAGUCAGAGAAAUGAAAGAAGUUGGCAUGGAGAAACGAGUGCAGAUGGAUAUGGUGGCACAGCUGGUUACCAGUCAAGACAUCCUGAUCUCAGACACCGAGCAUUCAAGACUGUUAUCUCAGUUUCCAAGUCUACGCACGACGACAGGUGUGAGCUGGUGUUACCUCAACUACACCAAACCGAGCUGCUCUCACAGCAGCUCCCCUUUAUCAUCCGUGUACACCACCUGGUGUGUGAGUUCCCACAACCCGAACCCUCUGGAGCUGAGCACGAGUGCUGCUCUGGCUCUGCUGCGGUCCAAACAGAAGGGAGACAAGGUUAUAUACACUGUGGCAGCCAUGUGUCAGCCUGGCACGGGGAAACUGGUUUCAUCCCUCAUCCUGUGGAGGCAGACCAUGGAACAGCUGCAGAGGAAACCAGAGCCCAAAGAGGUGGACAUCACCUACGGGAAGAAGGUGAAAGAUAUUGGCUGCAGAGUGAAAACUGCCAAGGAGGAGUGGAAAGAGAGGGAGGCUUCCACAGCGCAAACAGUGCCAACACGUAUUAAGAUCUUCGAGGGAGGGUACAAGUCCAAUGAAGACUAUGUGUAUGUCAGAGGUCGGGGCCGGGGGAAAUACAUUUGUGAGGAGUGUGGUAUUCGUUGUAAGAAGCCAAGCAUGCUGAAAAAACACAUUCGGACCCAUACAGACGUGCGACCAUACAUCUGCAGGGUCUGCAACUUUGCUUUUAAAACUAAAGGAAACCUGACUAAACAUAUGAAGUCAAAGGCGCACAUGAAGAAAUGUCUUGAACUGGGAGUGUCAGUGACAAUGGAUGAGACGGAGAUACAGGAACAUGUUGACGACAUCCAGCAAGAGUCUAAGACAGAAGUGACGGUCACAACCAAACAUCAGUUCUCAGACGCAGAGGAGUCUGACGGCAUGGACGAAGAGGCUGAUGAAAUUGACGAAGAUGACGAUGAGGAUGAUGAAUAUGAAGGCGACUCCACUCCAAAGUUGCGUUCAAGAAGUACAAGUCCUCAGGCGUGUGGAGUUACUUCUCUGUCAGUUACAGCCACCGCUGCUAUCCAUGGCUGCUCCCUCACCUCUCUGCCUGGCACCGACGUCCGCCAACAGCCCUCUGGCAGGCGGACAGGCUCCGACCAUCGACCUGUCCUCACCACCGACCAGAGAGAGAAGUCUGUGGAUGAAGACUCUUUGACCAUGCUGUCCCCAGACCAGGCCAGCUUCCUGUUUGACCCUUACUCCUCUUGUCUGCUCUCGCCUGGCUGGGAGUCUCCCAUCAGGGAGCCUUCCCCUUCACGUCUGCGUUACCCAUCCCCACGGCGAGAGCUCUCCCCGCGAGGUCGCUCCUCUCCCAGGUGGGAUACCUCCCCGCUGAGGCCUGGCUCACCCGGCUUCACACCCAUUCAGCACCUCUCCCCGGUCUCGAUGGAGCGACCAAUGUCUCCUGGAUCAGAGCUGGUCGGAAAGCGAGAAUCGUCAGUCAGGGGCCGGCAGAGGGUUGUGCUGAGAGCCGUUUCACCACGUAGAGGCUCGCACCAACACAAAGGCAGCGGUGACAAAACCAGACACCAAGCAAAGAUGGAGAUGGCUCAACAACAAGGAGCAUUUGAAAUGGAAAUGGAUCAAAGGAGCUGCUUGGCUUCUACUCUGCCUGGUUCUGCCAGUUCUCAUCACCAGAACAUCCUCAGCCACCUCCCACUGCACUCCCAGCAGCAGGCCCACAGUUUGCUCCCCGUUGUUCCUGUUGGAGGGCUCCAGAUGUUGCACUCUCCGCCUUCCCCCAGCACUGAUGUCACCCCCUCCUCGGCGCCGAGCCCCCAGAGCAGCGAGGGCCAGCGUUGCAGCAGCAGAGAGGGAUCUGUCCACGGGCUUGAGACGGGAGGAGAGGACAUCAGAGGCCAGAACCAGCUGUCCACCCAUCAGGCCGCUCAGGAGAAAAGCCUCAUUCCCGGCGUCGGGGACAGCAGACAGGAGGAAAACGUGCAAACCUGCUUGAAAGCCAUCGCCUCGCUGAAGAUCACCACAGAAGACCCUCAUUAAGACCCUCUUUUCUGUAUCCAUGAUCUGAUCCAGGAACAGACACCCCCCCUGCUACACCUGCAACCUUGUCGUCCUCAGCCCUUUAGGCACAUAACCUCAUCUUUAUCCAAUUAGAGGCAAUAUAAUAACACUUCCUCUGGUCUUGCACAUACCCCAGACAGCUCCUUUUAAAUCUGAGUGGAGGUCAAACCUUCACAUUGAAGAAGAAAGCCGUCCUGUCUGGUGUGCUCUUCUCUUCAGAGACUCUUUGAAAUGAUUGGAUGAGCAGCAGGAUGUUUUGCAAGGUGGAGAAUCAUUAUUGGGUGCAGGUGCAAUAUGGAAAGAUAUUAUGCUAAUAUGCCUUUGUUUGACAUAGUAGUUUGCGUACAAUUGCACAUAAAUUAUAUUUAUGGAUUCUGUACAAAUGUCCUUAACAUAUACUCCUUCUUAGAUGCAUACAAACAGUGUAUUUUACUGUAUGUGUACUUUGAAAAUAGACUGUUGUUUAAUGUAAUCAUAUCAAGGUGUGAUGCAGUAGUGCAGUAAAUAAAGACUAUUUAUAAGGGGAAAAGUAUGUGUAUUAUGAAACAGUCUGACCAAAUUUUAAGUAGACGCUUCUUGUGC